GCAACUAGUUGGCUGCUUGUGAUUGCAUAAUAUACAUAAUUAAUUACCCGAGUGAAGCAUCAAAGUGAAAGGCUCAAAACCCAGAUUCCAUUCAAUGAAAAACCAAACUAAUCUCUUCUUCCUUCUCUUUUUUAUCAGCACUUCAUUAUCAGUAGUUUUGGCAAAAAAAUUCCUCUCAAAAGGCUCUUCUUUAACAGUCAAAGAUGUUACAAACUCAGAUAAUCUCCUCACUUCACCAGACAAAACCUUCAGCUGUGGUUUUCACAGCAUUGGAACCAAUGCAUACUGGUUUUCAAUUUGGUACGCCAACACAAAGGAACAAACCGUUGUUUGGACAGCAAACAGAGACAAGCCUGUUAAUCGACAAGGCUCACGCGUAUCUCUAAGAAGAAAUGGUGUGAUGGUGUUGACAGACUAUGAUGGCGCAACAGCUUGGGAAACAAACACCACAAAAUUAGAUGUUGAUAGAGCUGAGCUUCUUAAUUCUGGAAACCUUGUUCUAAAAGAUCCUGCUGAUAAUAUUCUUUGGCAAAGCUUUGAUUAUCCUACUGAUACUUUGCUUCCUCAUACAGUGUUUACAAAGAACAAGAGAUUGGUCUCUAGGAUUGGUCCUCAGAUGUUUGGUUCAGGGUAUUAUACUUUCACUUUUGAUAGUGAUAAUGUGCUUAGAUUGAUGUAUGAUGGUCCUGAAAUUUCCAGUAUUUAUUGGCCUGAUAAAAUUUCUUUAGCUACUGAUCAAAGUGGUAGAUCACAUGACAAUAAUACUAGGAUUGCAAUGCUUGAUGAUACAGGCACUUUUUCUUCUAGUGAUCAGCUACAGUUUAGUGCUUCAGACGUGGGUGCUGGGAUUAGAAGACGGUUAACAUUGGAUUUCGAUGGCAAUUUGAGAGUUUAUAGCUUAAAUGACACGUCUGGGUUUUGGAACAUAACAUGGCAAGCGGUUGCUAAGCCAUGUGAUGUCCAUGGUCUUUGUGGUAGAAAUGGUAUUUGUGUAUAUACGCCAGAACCGAGAUGUAGUUGCCCACCUAACUAUGAACCCACUGAUGUAAGUGAUUGGAACCAAGGGUGUAAGCCAAUAUUCCAUAGGAGUUGUUCGGACUUUGAGUUUGUCGAGAUUACUCAUGUUGACUACUAUGGGUAUGAUUUCUACCGCAGUAUACCUACUUUUUAUGAAGAUUGCAGGCGACUUUGCUUGGAAGAUUGUCGUUGUCAGGCAUUCAAUUACAGACUAACUGGUGAAGCAAUGUGUUUCCUGAAAAACUCUCUGUUUAAUGGAUUCAGGUCUGUUGAUUUUCCAUCUAGCAUAUAUCUUCGAGUACCAAGAAGCAAUGCCAAACCCGUAAUGGCCUUUAAUGUGUCUCGUAUUGAUUGUGGGAGUGGGCAAGGUAAGACUGUUGUUUUGCCCAACACAUAUGACACCAGGAAUCCAAGAUUCAAAUGGGUAUAUCUAUACACUCUUGCUUGUGUCAUUGGUGCACUUGAAGUAAUCCUUCUAGCUGCAGGGUGGUGGUUUCUUUUUAGAAGGCAUGGUCUGUCAUCUUCAAUGGAAGAUGGAUAUCGUGCCAUUUCAAAUCAGUUCAGGAGCUUUAGCUACAAUGAGCUCAAGACUGCAACCAGGAAUUUCAAGGAAGUUUUAGGAAAAGGAGGCUUUGGUGUUGUUUACAAAGGUGUUCUGUCAGACGAGAGAGUAGUUGCUGUAAAGAAACUAGGAGAUGUGGUUCAAGGAGAGGAAGAAUUUUGGGCCGAAGUGAGCAUAAUUGGUCAAAUCAACCAUUUGAACCUUGCAAGAAUGUGGGGUUUUUGCUGCGAAAAGAAGCAGAGACUCUUAGUCUAUGAGCAUGUGGAAAUUGGGUCGUUGGAGAAAUACUUGUUCUCAAACCAAUCCCUUCUUGGUUGGAAAGAGAGAUUUAAAGUUGCGAUAGGCACAGCGAAAGGCUUAGCUUACCUUCACCAUCAAUGUCUAGAAUGGGUUAUCCAUUGUGAUAUUAAACCUGAAAACAUACUCUUGGAUGUGGAUUUUGAGCCGAAAAUAUCAGACUUUGGUCUAUCAAAGUUACAUCAAAGAGGGAGUGAAUGUUCAUUAGAGUUGACAAGAAUCAGAGGCACAAAAGGCUACAUGGCUCCUGAAUGGGCAAGGAACCUACCCAUUACUGCAAAGGUUGAUGUCUAUGGUUAUGGAGUCGUUAUCCUAGAGCUUGUGAAGGGAAUUCGAUUAUCUAGUCGAGUGGUGGAUGAUCCUCUUGGCUUAGAGGAGAUAACGGAACUGGUAAGAUUUGUUCGAUUGGCUAAAAGAAAAAUGCAAGAUGGAGAAGAUUCAUGGGUGGAUGACUUUGUAGACCCAAGACUGGAAGGAAACUUCAGCAGGCACCAAGCUGCUACGAUAAUUGAGGUCGGACUCUCUUGCGUGGAGGAUGAUAGAAAUAAAAGGCCAACCAUGGAAUCGGUUGUGCAAGUUCUUGAAGAAUGUGAAGACGAAAUAUAAUGCACCCCCCCCCCCCCCCCACACUUAGUAGCUCCAAGUUCUCUCCGUAGAGCUCAUGUGUGAUCUUGUGUAGCAUUCACAUUUAGAUUUGCAAUUCUUCAACCUUCAAAGUUCAAUGGACAUGUAUGUAAUAAACACUGAAUUGACAAACUUGGGCAGUAUAGCUUUUUUUUUAUA